AUGCCUCCAUCUCGUGCUACAGGACGUGCAUACGAAGGACCGCCAUCCAGGAUCGCUACCAGGAUCGGUCCCACCGUCGCUCUGCUGCUAAUUCUUUUCGAGCAUCGCCGCGCAACUUGCCUAAUGAGCAACUCAGUGGAUGAUUGGGUGAGUGGCAGCGCUGUCGUUUGUAAUGGUAUUCCAGGACUGACGAAGGAUCAACGCGAGCUUUGCCAUAGAAAUCCCGAUGUCACCGUAACCGCGAUCAAAGGAUUACAAAUAGCCAUAACCGAAUGUCAAAAUCAGUUCAUGUGGCACAGGUGGAACUGUUCGUCGCUCACACCUAGCAGCAGAACUCAACAGAGCAGCGUCCUUCUUAAACGAGGCUAUAGAGAGACGGCAUUCGCCUACGCGAUUUCGGCAGCUGGCGUGGCUCAUAACGUGGCUCGUGCCUGCAGCAUGGGCCGCCUGCUUUCUUGCAGCUGCGAUCCCUUGCACUAUAUGGAUAAUCCGCCGACGACGACCAGAGACAUCACAUUUAAGUGGGGUGGUUGCUCUCACAACCUCGAAUACGGCAUGGAAUUCUCGAGGCAGUUCCUAGACACGCGAGAGAAAGCCGGCGACAUACAGUCUACUGUGAAUCUACACAAUAAUCAAGCCGGUCGUUUGGCAUUAGCAAACAACAUGCAGAUACGCUGCAAGUGCCACGGCAUGUCCGGGUCAUGUGAACUGAAAACUUGCUGGAAAAUCGUUCCGGAAUUCCGAGUAAUCGGCAAAGUCCUGAAGAAUCGUUUCAGAAACGCUGUAUUGGUAACGCAAAGCAAUCUGGGCAGUGUGAUACCGUCGAACAGGAUUCGAGGGUCGCGACGGAGGCAAAAGCAGAAGCAGAAGAAACGUCGCGGGGGCGGCCGCAAGAGGAAACUUCGGGAUCUCCCCAAUCAGCUCUAUUAUUACCAGAGAUCACCGAAUUUCUGCGAGCAGGAUCCGAUGCUUGACAUUCCUGGCACCGCUGGUCGCAGAUGUAACAAGACCAGCACCGGCGGAGAUGGAUGCUCUGAUCUAUGUUGCGGUAGAGGCUACAAUAUGGUACGACAACGGCGAACGGAGCGAUGCAAAUGCAAAUUUCACUGGUGCUGCUUUGUACAAUGUCAGAAUUGCACGGUGGAAGAGUGGAUUACGGUUUGCAAAUAAGAUGACGAAAAACAUAACAAAACGAAAAACAAAAGACGGAAGUCUAAGACUGACGGAAAUUGACGCGAAUGUUUUUUUCUUCCUUCGCCAACGAGACUACAUUGUCGAUUCAAUAAGAGAAGAAAUUAGCUCCGAAGAUUCGCCGAAGAUGUGUGCGCAAUGAGAUUGUUCGUUCGCAAGAAUCGAUCAAGGGACGCAUAAAUAGAAUUAAUAAUAUGGUUCUUAUUAGAACCAGGAUUACCAGGCACUUCUCUCGAACUAUCAUGAUAUUGGAAUGGAUUUAUCUACUAAUUUCGAAAUUGUGCGAACGUAGUAGAAAGGUAAUCAUUGUUAAUAAAAUUAAAUCCCUUUCCACGAGGACCAACAAGUCUUUAAAUACGAUUAUAAUUAUAAUAAUUAUACAAUUAACUAACUCAAUUUUUUACUCGUCGACAC